AUCUUCGAAGUCACCGACUGAGGCCAUAUGACGCGAUUUGUUUACAUCCGGGUCCUCAGGGGUGGGCUUCCGCAGCUGCGCGGUGACGGUCAGCUGACAGUUGGGUGACCAGCAGCCACAGCUGCAGUAACGGAUGUGCAACAUCUCAACCUUCCCACUACAGGCGACUGUGUUCGGUCUCCGCUCACCGUUUUCAGCCGCGGAGACUCGGACUGCCCUUUCCUGCCCUGCGGCCACGUCUUCCCGGCCUCCUGCAGUAUGAGUGCCGGUGCUCCGAGAGGCCUGGCCAGCUCGGGGCAGAAGCCCAUUGGGGAGAUCCUCCAUCCGCUCUGCGUCGCCGAGGAACCGCUGUCCCCGGGGCCAGAUGUCACUGUGGACACCGAAGGGGAAAAGGAAGCCGUACUGACCAAUGGCACGCCGGUCGAGACGUCCAGCCCCGCCUCCGCCUCCUCGCUCUUCAACAGGCUGCAGCUGGACGACGACCUGGAGGCAGACGGACGGGAUCCGUACGCCUCCACCGAAGCCCACGACCUCUUCGUCACCGUGGACGACCCCAAGAAGCACGUGUCCACCAUGGAGACGUACAUCACCUACAGAGUGUCCACCAAGACCACACGGAUAGAAUUCGAUCUUCCAGAGUACUGUGUACGACGGAGGUACCAGGACUUUGACUGGCUGAGGAUCAAGCUGGAGGACAGUCAGCCCACGCACCUCAUCCCUCCGCUGCCAGAGAAGUUUGUGAUGAAGGGCGUGGUGGACCGUUUCUCAGAGGACUUUGUGGAGACCAGGAUGAAAGCUCUGGACAAGUUCCUGAAGCGAGUGGCGGACCAUCCCGUCCUGUCCUUCAACCCUCACCUCAACGCUUUCCUGUCGGCCAAGGACCUGAACAAGCGUCAGGGUCUGGCCCUGCUCACCAAGGUGGGGGAGUCGGUCAAACACGUGGCCGGAGGCUACAAGCUGAAAGUGCGGCCGGCGGAAUUCUGCGCCAUGGGAGAAUAUCUGGACACGUUCAGUCAGAAACUGGGGACCAUCGACCGCAUCGCCCAGAGGAUCCUGUUUUUGCAGUCAGAGUACCUGACCGAGGUGCGCGAGUACAGCUCUGUAUAUUCCAGCUGGGCGGGCUCAGAGGAGGAGCUGCAGCGCCCCCUGGAGGGUGUGUCGUGCACUGUGUCAAAGAGUUGCCAAGCUCUGGAGGACCUGAGUGAGAACAUGGGCCAGGACUUCCUGCCGGUCCUGAGAGAGUACGUUCUCUACGUGGAGUCCAUGAAGAACGUUUUGAGGAAGCGCGACCAGAGUCAGGCCGAGUACGAGGGGCGACUUGAAGCAGCAGUGCUGCGCAGACAGGAAGACAAAAGUCCCAUCCCAGUGGAGGUGGAGAAGUGCCAGGACAGAGUGGAGUGUUUCAACGCUGACCUGAAGGCAGACUGGGAACGAUGGCAGAGCAACAAGAGGCAGGACUUCAAACAGCUGCUGACGGGCGUGGCCGACAAGAACAUCCACUACUUUGAGACGUGUCAGGCAGCCUGGGAGUCCUUCAUCACAGUCCUGCAGGACAAACAGACUGAGGACAGGACAGGUGAGACCAACUGAGACCUCCACAGACCACCAGAGAGCGCCAGAGACCUCCUGGACGUCGGCUCCUCAUCUUUGUCCUCAGAUCGUCUCCUCUGUCUCUCCUCCUCAUUUUUUCCCUCCUGGUCUCUCAUGAUGCCAAGGACAAGGACACAGACCUGAGGGACGGUGGUUCCAGAGGGGGACGUCCCACCUGAGACUGAGGUAACAAACGGUGCGUUCGAGGACAUCAGGGAAGUUCCGUUUCCUGUGUUUCCUGUACAUUAGGUUUUUUUUUGUCGUCGUUCGUUUUUUCUACAGCUUGAAUUAAAAAUCAACUUUUUUUUGCCAAUAUGUUUUUUCUUGUUUGUCACUUUCUGUAAUAAUAAUAAUAAUAAUAAUAAUAAUAACUAUUAUUAUUUUUAUUACUUUGACACAAAGAUGAAGUCGGUGAGAAGCUAAUUUUUGCAGGUUCUUCAGAUUUGUUUUUUUGCUUCACGUUUUACUGUAAAAUCCUGUGAAAACUAAGGUUUUGUUUUUAUUUUAUAAACAUUUUUACAUUCACGGUCGACCUUCGCUGUUUCCCCACAAACGUCUCCAAACACAACAAGAGUUCAAGGAGCAGGAAAUGGAAAGAGAAAUCGAGUCACUGCGAACCAUGAAGUCGGUUUUUAUCAUCGACAUAAAGAAACAUUUCAGACUCCUGGUGAUUUUCCUGAGAGAAGUUGAUGAUAUCUGAUUGGCUGUGUGUGGAAACAGGGUGUUUUGUUGCCAGCCCCUGCUGGUCAGCUGCGGUAGUGCAGCUAGAACUCUAAACUCAUGUCAGGACCUUGACUUUUGACCUUUUGCAGAAGCGUGGUCCAAGUGAGACGUAUUAGCACAAAAAGGACAACGGUCGCUGUUUCAGCACCGUGUUUGUUGUUUGUCAACUCACCAGUAAUGGGUGAGACAACGACAACAACAAUGGGUGAGAACAACAACAAUGGGUGAGACAACGACACAGGUGUUGAUAGAACCGUCACCCCGACACCACAGAACUGUUCGUACCACAGAAAGUUCUACUUCUGUCUGUGUGCCUUCAGAAAUGAUCACUUGUUCUGUUCAUACUUUGAAUAUGUUGCAACAGCUCCGUCUGGUGGUCAUAAUGUUAAACAUCAACAGUUUUUGUAACUUGAUUUUUUCUCUGAUUCUAAAACGGUGAAAUAUUCACAGAGUGAUUUUCUUGUUUUUCCAUCAGAAUCAAAUUUGACCUAGAACUGGGAAAUACUGCACCCUAGUGGAUUUUGGGGGAAACAUAAAAAAAGAAACACUUGUUGACAGGUUUAUUUGUUGGUGAAAAUUUGAAUCAAGAAUUUUUUGUUACAAGUUGACCUUGACCCUCACCAUUUUUUACAUGGGGGGUGGGAGAGGGUUAAUUUGCAUAUUUAAUUACAUAAAAACCUCAACCUCUUUUUGAAAAACAGGAAAAAGAGAAAGUGUGGGCAGAGUUGCUGCAGAGACAUGGACCAACUGACACCCCUAGUGGCCAAUAAAAUGACUGAAGGGAAAAGCAUUUGUUCAGGUUGUUUCUGCAGCUGAUCUAUUUCAUGGAUUCUUCUGCCUUUUUUUUUUUUUUUUUGCUUUUGCACAUUUUAUAAAACAUAGAAAAAUAUUUUUCAGUUUAAUUUCCAACUUUUUUGACCCAGUAAAAAUAAGCUGCUGCUUCACUGAGCCUGAGAUGAAACCAAUGGAGUUUCUUUUUUUUUUUUUUUUU